CAGUUUUGUUAGUUUACAAGUUUGGUUCUCAGUUUAGCAUCGCAUCGCAUAGCCUACUGCUCACUGCACAUCCACGUAGUAGGCUUACUUAUCAAGUUCAAAGCUAUUCACCGCGAUUAUUUAUAUUUUAUCAUUAGAAAAAACUUUUCUGUUAUCACUUGAUAAUUUAGUUUUAGCAAGUCUGAAUAACUGUUGAAUAAAGGUUUCACUGAAGUUGGAAGAUACUCUCCUGACAUUUCAUCGCCAUGCCGGAGACUAAUGGCUCAUGCCAUUGUGGCCCAGGGUAUGAUACGCCCCUGGCGGCUAUGGAGUAUGGCCCAAGAGAGAAGAUUCUGUACACGGUCUGCAUCCAGCCAGACCUCACCAAACCCGACUAUUUGGCUACAAUUGAUGUGGAUCCUUCCAGUCCUAACUAUUCAAACGUGAUUCAUCGACUAAAAAUGCCCUAUGUGAAAGACGAGCUGCACCAUUUUGGCUGGAAUACAUGCAGCAGCUGCCAUGGCGACUCGAGCAAGAAACGGGACAAGCUGGUGCUACCUGCUUUGGGCAGUGAUAGGAUCUACAUUAUUGAUGUUGCAAAUCCCAAAGCUCCAACGAUUUUCAAGGUACUGGAGCCUGAAGCGAUGCAAUCGUUGGGUGUGGGCACUCCACACACGACUCACUGCCUUCCCUCGGGAGAGGUGAUGAUCUCAACCAUGGGCAACUACCCACAGGGUGAUGGCCUCGGAGAAUUUGUACUCAUCGACAACUCUUCCUGGCAAGUGACAGGUUUAUGGACAAAUGGCGAACAGGCUAAAUUUGGUUAUGACUUUUGGUAUCAACCCUACUGGGAUAUAAUGGUAUCCAGCGAAUGGGGUGCGCCAAAGUCCUUCAAGAAAGGCUGCAUUCCCGAGGAGAAUAUGGACCCAAAGCUGACGGGCAGAUCAUUGAACUUUUAUUCCUGGAAAGAUCGCAAACUCUUGCAAACAAUAAACCUUGGAUUGGACGGUGUUGCUCCACUUGAAAUCAGGUUUCUUCAUGAUCCAAAAGCAUCCGAAGGAUUUGUUGGAUGUGCUCUCAAUGCCAAUAUAUUUAGAUUUUAUCGCAAAAGCGAUGGAGCCUGGUCAGCAGACAAAGUUAUUGAUAUUCCAGCCAAAAAACUCGAUGGUGAAAAUAACCCAGAGAUACAAGGAAUGAUAUCGGAUAUCCUGAUUUCACUGGAUGAUCGUUUCCUGUACUUCAGCUGCUGGUUGCAUGGAGAUGUGAGGCAGUAUGACAUUUCGGAUACAAGCAAUCCAAAACUCACAGCUCAAGUGUUUUUAGGUGGAAAGAUAUACAAAGAUGGGCCCCUCAAAGUCGUUCACGAUACGGAAUUGAAGGAACAGCCUGAGGCCUUGUACUUGAAAGAAAAGCGCAUCCAUGGGGGACCACAAAUGCUACAGUUGAGUCUCGACGGAAAGCGGCUCUAUGUCACCACAUCUCUGUACUCUCCUUGGGACAAACAAAUCUAUCCAGAGUUAGCCAAAAAUGGAUCUGUUAUGAUGAAACUUGAUAUUGAUCCUGUGAAUGGUGGCAUGGUUUUGGACAAGGAUUUCCUGGUUGAUUUUGGAAAUGAACCAGAUGGCCCGGUUCUAGCUCAUGAAACAAGAUAUCCUGGAGGUGACUGUACAUCUGAGAUAUGGUUGGCGAAAUAACAAUCCUCAAUUGAAAUCUUAGUAAUAUCAAUAAAAUAAGAUCAGUUAAAAGUU